UUCGACGACAAAUUUAUAAGAAAACAAUAAAGGCCUACCUGCGAAAUGACAUUUGGAAUUAUUUUUCUGGAGAUUUUGCUUUUCACGUUCAUUGUCCAUUUCCCUACUGGAGAGUGUUGUAACUGCAAAGUUUGUCCAGGUCUAGCUAACUGUAGAGCGAAUUGUGUUGACGGAGAAAAAUUCUACAUCAAUGGUUUUUGUCAAUGCUAUUGUAAAAAGUGUCAAUACGCAUAUGAUCCGCUUCGAAGAUAUAUGUGCGCAAGAUCGAAAUUCGAUGAAAAGGGGUGUGUCCACUAUGUUUGCACAAAAAUUCCUCCGAGGCUUCAAAAUAAGCAAAAGCAACUUUACGCUUUGCAAAGAUAUGCCGAUAUUCUAAAUUGAUUCGUCAUGCCAAC